AUGAAACGACUCCAAUUACGAAACCAGCAGCGUACUCACAGUGGACUCCGGGAAAAAAAACCGUUUAGCAGAGUUCAUGCUGACUUCUUCUAUCUGAACCAUAAAACAUUUCUGGUAAUCGUAGACAGCUACACAAAGUGGAUCGAGCUGGAAUACAUGAGGUUUAGCACGGAUUGUAAACAUGUCAUCAAAGUUUUUCUCAACAUAUUCGCUAGGUAUGGGUUACCUGAUGUCCUAGUGACGGAUGGCGGACCACCUUUCAACUCAUUGGAUUUUGUUGACUUUUUUAUAAAACAAGGAGUGCAUGUGAUGAAAAGUCCGCCAUAUCACCCUGAAAGCAAUGGACAGGCCGAGCGUAUGGUUCGGUUAGUGAAGGACGUUUUUAAGAAAUUUUUGAUAGAUCCUGAAAUCAAGAAACUGGAGACUGAAUUGCAAAUUUCUUAUUUCCUUUUGAAUUAUAGGAACACUUGUCUAGAGGACGAUGGUCGUUUCCCAUCUGAAAGACUCCUUUCAUACAAACCCAAAACGCUAUUGGAUUUGAUUAAUCCCAAGUCUAAUUUCAAACACAAUUCAGAAGUAAGGCAUGAUGAAAUUUCGCCCGCCAAUUCAGCAACUACUGAAAGUUUUAAUGAUCAGUUCGUUGAUCUUAAGUGCGGUGACCUGAUCUACUACAAAAACGCUAACAGAAGUGAUAUAAGACGAUGGUUACCAGCAACUUUUCUCAAACGAAUUUCUACAACUAUUUUUCAGAUUUCGCUAGGUGGCAGGCUGAUUGCGGCACACAGACAGCAGCUAAAAGUUUCUAAUGCUUCUGGCCAGCAAACGGGUCCAAGUUUUGAUUUUAGUGGACAAAAUAUGCAGACCAAUUCGAAGAACCGCAGAAAAGAUGGCGAUGGCGAAAAUUCCGGAGACGUCUCCGAACAGGAGCCUGAUUUUUAUGGAUUCCCGGCGGAAUCUUUCAUUUUUGGAGGAGAACCUUCGAUCGAACAACAAUUAAAUUGUCAUGAAAAUAACCAGCAGUCAGAUAUAGUCAGAAGAUCAAAUCGAAUCGCUAAGCAGAAGCGUAAACGGGAUUUCUUGUACUAUUAG